AAAAUUUCCUUUAUUUUGUUUUUUGCCAAAGAGGCUAUAUAUAUUAAUUCCUCUCAACAUUAAACUCUUAAUUAGCUUCACUGUCAUAGCCAUUGAAGAUCUCUGAGCUUUUCUGUAACACUAUCUCUGUAGGAACGAGGGGUAUUAUUGGAAUAAAAAAUAAUUUACAAAGUAGUGGCAGAAAGGUUCUUUGUUCAAGCUUUUAGAGUGUCUCGUGGUCCAUAACUACUGCUGAUGAUAGCAACUCUUCAGUAUUCACAAGAACUUCAACCCUCUUUCCUUCACCUUUCUUUUUCUCUUUAUUAAUAAUGCAGUUAGAGGAAAAUUAGCUUAUGGUAUUGGAGUUCAACUCAUCAAGCUUUUUCUUUUCUUUUCUUUUAUUCCAAGAAGGAAUUGGAUGUCAAUGAGAUGAGAGACUGAGAAAGGAUGCUAAGCCAGCUAUGGUUUGUACUGCCAAUGAUUUACAAGAAUGGAAAGAUUUUCCCAAAGGACUCAAGGUUCUCCUCCUUCAGGAAGACAUCACUUCUCCUUCUGAGAUAAGAACAAAGCUUGAAGCCAUGGACUAUAAUGUUUCUACAUUCUGUGAUGUGAAUGAAGCCUUGUCAGCAAUCUCAAGUAGACCUGAAGGAUUCCAUAUAGCCAUAGUGGAGGUGAGUUCAAGCAGUUGCGAGGGAGGUUUCAAAUUUCUUGAGAAUGCCAAGGACUUGCCAACCAUUAUGACUUCAAACAACGAUUGUCUGAACACCACGAUGAAGUGCAUAGCGCUUGGAGCAGUGGAGUUCCUCAGCAAACCACUCUCCGAGGACAAGCUGAGAAAUAUCUGGCAGCAUGUGGUUCACAAGGCAUUCAAUGCUGGGGCAAGUGCGGUCUCUGAAUCACUGAAACCUGUCAAGGAAUCUGUAGUCUCCAUCUUGCAGCUCCAAACGGAAAACACACAACACGAAAGUAGAGCCGCAGUUGAGUUAGAAAAAGUAUCCCAAUUUUCUGACAAUGACCAUGAGCAUUAUCCAGCUCCUUCAACCCCACAAUUGAAACAGGUGGAAAGAUUACUAGAUGAUGGGGAUUGUCAAGAGCAGACUAAUUGCUCCACAGAAAAAGAAAGUGGGGAACAUGAUGGAGAAUCUAAAUUCGUCGAAACUACUUGUGAAAAUUUGAAUGCUGAAAGUACUCCUCAACAAAAUAAAUCUGAAGUUACUCUGGUUCAAAAGGAAGCCGAGGAAUUUGCCGACGCUUCUAAGUGUGAGAGUGUUGUUUCACCACGUCCACAAAAUGAGAAGGUUCUCAAUAAUAGUGAAAGUAAUACAAUGUCUGUGAAUAAAGUAGGUGUUCGUAGUCAUAAAUGCGAGAUAAAAGCUAAUCGGAAGAAAAUGAAAGUAGACUGGACGGCUGAGCUACACAAAAAAUUUGUGAAGGCAGUGGAACAACUAGGCAUUGAUCACGCAAUUCCUUCUCGAAUAUUGGAUCUAAUGAAAGUGGAGGGCUUGACAAGGCAUAAUGUGGCAAGCCAUCUUCAGAAAUAUAGAAUGCAUAAGAGACAUAUCUUGCCGAAGCAAGAAGAUCGGAAAUGGCUAAAUCAAAGAGAUCCAACGCAAAGGAGCUAUUGUAUUCAAAGGCCAAUUAUGCCUGGUCCUCCAUCAUAUUAUUCUAACCAUACCCUUCCUCCACCUCCUUUAUAUCCUAUGUGGGGACAAUCUGGAACUCAAAUGGCUGGAAUGCAGGCUUGGGGACCUUCUGGUUAUCCCUUGUGGCAGCCUGCAGAAACUUGGCACUGGCAACCAUUUCCAGCGAUGCAUGCAGAUACAUGGGGCACCCCGGUAUUACCACCACCUCAACCUCCUUGCUAUUCCUAUUCUCAGAAUAUACCUGCAGUGAGUAACGCUAAUGCAGUGGAUUACAUGUUUGGCAUGCCCCACAGUUCCUUUGACGAUUAUCCGGCGGAGGAUGUUAUUGACAAUGUUGUGACGGAGGCAAUAAGUAAGCCAUGGCUACCUUUGCCGAUAGGCCUCAAUCCUCCUUCCACAGAUAGUGUAUUGGCUGAGCUUUCCAGGCAAGGCAUUUCCAACAUCCCUCCAAGCAACAAUGGUUAUAUUCCCAAUUGACAUGUACAAGUCAUUAGUGGGUUCUGAUGGUGACAAACUUCUAUACAAAGGGUCCACCAGAUUAAGACCCUGUUGUGAUUUUUAGUUUCUCAAAUUUAUCAAGUUAGUUUUUCAAAUUUAUCAAAUUCCAACUAGUAGAUUGACCGGGAAUAGGAGAUCGAAUUAGGACCAUUUUGUUUUGCCAUAUUAGGACCCCUGCUCCCACAUCACCCCACCAACAACCACUUCACGCGAUAUCAUAGUGCAACAACCAAGAAGUAACUAUAUAGUAUCGAUACUUCAAAUUGAAGACAUAUCUGGUACCAGACACCACUGCAUGUGUCUGAUGUCGAUAUGUUAGUGUCACGUGUCUGGUGUCUAUGUCUGUAUCGGAUCUUCAUAGAGUAGUAGACAUUGAUCCUAUCCAUCUCCACAUGUCAGAAUAAAGCAAAAAAUGAAAACAAAAAUAAUGUCAGGUGGGGGACACCAGGUAGGCGACUUGGACGGCUAAGAAUUGGCCACACAUUUAUUGAUGCACUAUACAAAACUAUGUGGUUGUAAAUAGAUGCUGAUAUGGUUGUAAAUGAGGUACUUUUGGGAAGCAUAAAACAGUGAUAAGGUAUGUUUUGUUGGGGUUGUACUUUUGGAUGUGGGAAUCUAAUAAUGGAAAGGAUAGGAACAAUGUUGUGAAUAAAAAGAUGAGUUCAAAGCCUUGACGGAUGCUAAUUUUCUCUUCUUUUUCAAGUUGAAUUUUUUUUCAGCUGUUUGCUAAAUUAAGAAUUUAGUUGUUUCA